AUGUUAUGCCAGAUCCUUUGUCAGACCAAGAAGCAUCCAGGCUUGAUCGCCCUUUUCAUAUUUAUUGGGGCAGGAGGUAGUGGAGCAGUGUUGUAUGGCUUGUGCCUGGCAUUGUUCAAUCUAGAUAUCAGUUGGGAUAGGAAGAAUAAUCUAGAACCCUGGAACAAACUGGGUCCCAGCGAUCAAUACAAGUUCUACUCAGUGAAUGUAGAUUACAGCCAACUGAAGAAAGAAGGUCCAAACUACUAA